UCCGCUGCCGCGAUGAUGAUGAUGAGCCGGUUGCGGAGGUGGCUCUACAGGCCGAAGAGGACAGACCCGCAGCUUCUUGCUCAGUUCUACUAUGCAGAUGAAGAACUGAAUCAAAUUGCUGCUGAAUUGGACAGCCUGGAUGGAAGGAAAGAUCCGCAAAGAUGCACUCUGUUGGUCAACCAAUUUCGCUCGUGUCAGGAUAAUGUUUUGAACAUUAUAAACCAAAUAAUGGAUGAAUGCAUUCCACACGAGCGAGCCAACCGUGAUUUUUAUGUAAAAUUUCCAGAGGAAAUAAGACAUGACAACCUUGCAGGACAGCUUUGGUUUGGAGCAGAGUGCUUGGCUGCGGGUUCGAUUAUUAUGAACCGUGAAAUAGAAAGCAUGGCGAUGAGACCGCUGGCGAAGAAUCUGACUCAUAGUCUGGAAGAAGUUAGGAACAUUAUCCGUGACCAGGCCCUUAGGGAUCUGAAUCUCUACACGGGAAAAAUGAAGGAGGCUCUGAAGCAGUUUGACGUCCUUUUUGCAGAAUUUGAGCUAAGUUACGUGUCAGCCAUGGUUCCCGUAAAAUCACCAAAGGAAUAUGAUGUGCAGCAAGAGGUAAUCGUCCUUUUUUGCGAAACGGUAGAGAGAGCUUUAAAGCUUGGAUACCUUACGCAGGACAUGAUUGAUGACUAUGAACCAGCAUUAAUGUUUACUAUUCCAAGAUUAGCCAUUGUUUGUGGGCUUGUUGUUUACUCAGAAGGACCUUUGAAUCUUGACCGUAAACAAGAAGAGAUGUCUGAACUUUUCAGGCCCUUCCACACUCUACUGCGGAAAAUAAGAGAUCUACUACAGACUCUCACAGAUGAGGAGCUGUAUACUCUGGAGUGUAACCUCUGCAUAUCCCAGGAUUUUGACUUUUCUGAGAGAGCAGGUCCUCAAGUGCCAUCUGUCAUUAUCCCCAACUUUAUGGCAGCUUUACCAUCUGAAGAGCUUUCAGAGAAAUCCCCAAGUACUGAAGCAGAGCUUGCCUGCUCCGUACAGUACGAUGAGCAGGAGUUGGAGCAACUGAGUAGAAUGGUUCACAGAGCAGGGGAUGAGAUGUCUUCAUUGCUGUCACCCCCAAGGGACUGCCGGUCCCCUACUUGCAGGCCGAGUGCGAGGAACGCAUUCGGCAGGAGGGAUUCGCCCGAUAUGGUUCUCCUGAACAACUCGCGCAACGAAGAGGAGAGCGUGUUUCUCAUCGAUGACUUGGAUGGGUCAGAAGAUGCUCUCGCUGGGAUAGAUUCAUCAGGGGACGUGUUCUGCGAUUCCUGUCGCGUUUCGAAGCACACCACUCCGUGCGGUGACCCUCUGCUGUAUGAGCGCGGUCAUCAAACUGAACGAGGCCUGCUCGUCAAGGGGAGAGGGGAGGGUGACCUCGACAAUAACAAUGUUGAAGCAAGCCAGCGGUUGGCCGAUACCUCGCUUCACAACUCCUGCAGUUGUUUCGAAGGCCCCGAUCCACAUUUGUACCUCAGUGUCUGGGACGUGCACGCUCAUGAUGUGGAAACGGCAGAAAUUAUCGCUCACCGGACCGGUGGGAUGAAGAUCUCGGCGACCGUCAUAUUUAACCCCAAAUCUCCCCCAUCGGAAUCCUCGGAGUCGCCUAAAGUCGUUAAAACACGUUCUGUUGGGGACUCGCCUUAUUUCGCCAACGACGAGGGAGAGUCUCAGCAGCCCAGCUCGGCUGCCACAAAUUGCCUUGUCAAUUCCUGUGUGUGUUGUGGGAGUUGCGAUGGUAGCAGGGGGGACAGCCGAGCUGUAAAGACUAACAGUUUCCCAGGGAAAAUUAUAAAAUCCUCUUCCGGUUUACUGAAAUUUAAAGAGAAAAACCAACUGGAUAAAUCAAACAGCACGGUCUCCAUACAGGAGAUAUUAAAAACUGAACCCUACAUUUUGCUCACGGAAAGGGACUCUCUCAGAGAGGAACAGGCUCUUUCCGGCCGUUCGAAGGGCUCGGCGUACCCCUCGGCCUCCCAUUUGAGAGCAGAGAAUGGACCCAAAGUAAGCCAAGAACCCCCAGCUCAACAAAAGAAAUGCGAAGACGGAAGACAGGCUCAUGAAAAGUCAUCGGAGAUUAGUGAAGAGAAGAAUGAAAGAAUAUCAAAGGACGGCAAAUCGAGAACACAUUCAAAUUCUUUAAUGACACGUUCCCAUUCAUCCAGUGAAUCCAGUCAGGAAGAAACCCAACUUGCCUUACAAAUAGCUGAAAUUUCUACGAGAGAGAAGAUCCGAUCUCGAUUUCACAGCAGCAACGACCUUAUUCAUCGGCUCUUUGUCUGCAUCUCAGGUGUUGCUGACCAGCUCCAGACAAACUACGCUUGUGACUUGCGAAGUAUUUUGAAGACCUUGUUCGAAGUGAUGGCAACGAAAGCUGAUACGGAGGAGCAGAAAAUGCAAAAGAAAGUCAAUCCUUGUUUAAGGAGUGCAGCGCUAGAAGAUUGUCUUUUGUGUCAGGAGACCGUGUCAUCUUCAGAAUUUGCAGCAGAACCCAGGGGCGGGGACUUUGAAGAUCCUCCUGACUGGGUGCCGGACGAAGCCUGCAGCUCCUGUACCGCAUGCAAGGCGCCCUUCACCGUCAUUCGCAGGAAGCACCAUUGCAGGAGCUGCGGCAAGAUCUUUUGCUCGCGCUGCUCUUCGCACUCCGCUCCAUUACCUCGCUAUGGCCAGGUGAAGCCUGUCCGCGUCUGCACCCACUGCUACGUGUUCCACGUUACUCCUUUUUACAGAGACAAAUGGGAUGUCUGACAACAAAUUGGAGUGCUGCA